AAUCAAAGUUGAGGGCUUGAUUGAAUUAAAAAGAUGAGAGAGAUAAAUUGUGUAGUAUUUUUGCUACUUUUCACAUCAAUUAACGGUGAAUUAUCAAAAGUAUUUGAUUUUCAACCACAACAAGUUCAUAUUGCGUUUGGAGAAAAUGUUCGUGAAAUAGUUGUGAUAUGGUCUACAAUGGAUGACAUAGAUGAGUCCAUUGUAAAAUAUUCUUUAAAUGGCGAGCAAUUUAAAGCAAUGGGUGACUCUCAUCUUUUUGUUGACGGUGGCGAAAAAAAACACCGUCAAUACAUUCACAAGGUAAAGUUGACGAAUUUGAAAUCCAAUUCGCAUUAUGUUUAUCACUGUGGAAGUGAGUUAGGUUGGUCCGACGAAUUUUGGUUCGAAACAUCGCCAGCAGAUGAAAACAACUGGGCACCACAGUUGGCUAUCUUUGGCGAUAUGGGAAAUGAGAAUGCUCAGUCAUUAGCUCGCCUCCAAGAGGAAUCACAACAGCAUCUGUAUGAUGCCAUCUUUCACGUUGGAGAUUUUGCGUACGAUAUGGAUUCAGAAAAUGCCAAAGUUGGCGAUCAAUACAUGAGACAAAUAGAAUCAAUAGCCGCAUAUGUACCUUAUAUGGUGUGCGCUGGAAAUCAUGAAGAGAAAUACAACUUUUCAAACUAUCGCAAUCGCUUCCAAAUGCCUGGCAAUAGUGAGAGUUUGUACUAUAGCUUCAACAUGGGCCCAGUGCAUUUUAUUGCCAUUUCAACCGAAUCCUACUACUUUCUGAACUAUGGCAUCAAACAGUUAUCGAACCAGUACCAAUGGCUGGUGGAUGAUUUGCGUGAGGCAAAUAAGCCCGAAAAUCGUAAACUACGGCCAUGGAUUGUUACAUUCGGCCAUCGUCCGAUGUAUUGCAGCAAUGACGACGUCAAAGCCUGCAAAGAAAUGACCACAUUCGUUCGAAACGGAUUGCCACUCACGCAUUUGUAUGGAUUGGAAGAUCUGUUUAAAGAUCAAGGCGUUGAUGUCACUUUUUGGGCACAUCAACAUUCCUAUGAACGACUAUGGCCCAUUUAUAACUUUGAAGUCAAAAAUGGAUCGAUCGAAGAACCAUACCGAAAUGCCAAAGCACCCAUACACAUCAUUACUGGGUCGGCUGGAUGCAAGGAGGAACAUGCCAAAUUCAAGAAAGAUAAGCCCGAAUGGAGCGCCUUCCGUACUGAAGACUAUGGUUACACCCGAAUGAAGGCAUUCAACAAAACACAUUUGUAUUUUGAACAAGUUUCCGAUGAGCAAAAUGGUCAAGUCAUUGAUUCAUUUUGGGUCGUAAAAGACCAAACCGUGCCCAGUUAUGCCAAUUUAAAUGAAAUUUACUAAAUCAACAUUUGCAUCUGCAAGUUACCGAACUGAAACUAUUUUCUACGUUUUAGCACAGAUAAGGCCAUGAAAGUUCGACGUUGUCUCUCUAUGAAUAAACAUGUAAAUUACGAUACAUUUUAAUGAUCUAGUUGUAAUACAUUUUUCAAAGGGAUUUUCAAAACGAUCAAAUUUUGAAGUCAAUCAAUGUCAACAAAUGAGAAAUUUUCAAUAAAAAAUAUUUUUCAAACUAA